GCCAUGACAGUCUGCACCACGCGCCACAUCCCCCACCAACACGCCUUCGGGCUCAUCGACUGCGCGUCAAGUCUCUCCCAAGCCUCCCGGUGGCCCUGCGACCGUUAUGCGAAGGAAAGCCGCUGCCGACCGUGCUGAGAAGACGGCGAACCAGCGACCAAGCAGCACAAGGGCCGCAGGUGCUGGAGGCAGUUCAAGCACCAUGCUGAGGCUUUACACUGAUGAGUCUCCCGGACUCAAGGUCGACCCUGUCGUGGUCAUGACCCUGUCCGUUGUCUUCAUCUUCAGCGUCGUUGCUCUACACGUCAUUGCCAAGGUCAUGCGCCGAUUCUCCGCAUAGAUAGAUUAAUCGACAAUUUUUUCUUUUCUUGGACACCAUUCAUCACCCUCCUAUGGUUGGCGCUCUGCAACAGCGACUCCCAUCCUCCGACCUCGCUUAUCAUCCACAUCCUCUUCCGUUGGUACUCGAGACAGGGCAUGGGCUUGGAGAGGCUGGAAAAGUACUUAUCUGAAGCAUCUUGUUCCAAAUUUCGUAAUGGUGCACAGGGGUGCGUGGGCACGGGAUUGCAUCUUGCAAGGUGUAUUAUAGUAUCACAAUGGCAUAGGGAGUUUUGAGC